UCUCGUUUUGUGGCAGUCAUUUUGGCUGCUUGGAGGUUGGUUCCCAGUCGCUGGGUCGGGUCUGAGGCAACAGUAGGCUGACCGAUCGAGAAAAAGUGUUGUCGUCACUGCACAGAGGUUCCAUGGCCACAGAAGUGCUUAAGGACCCUACACAGGGCAGUGUGACCUUUGAGGACGUGGCUGUGUACUUCUCCUGGGAGGAGUGGGCUCUUCUUGAUGAGGCUCAGAAACUCCUGUACUGCGAUGUGAUGCUGGAGAACUUUGCACUGAUAGCCUCUCUGGGUUCUUGGCAUGGAGUGGAAGAUGAGGAGGCACCUUCUGAGCAGAGUGCUCCUAUAGAAGGAAUAUCACAGGUGUCAAUGACCUUCAAGUACUUGGCCAUGACCUUCACUUGGGAGGAGUGGGGGGAGUUGGAUCAGGCACAGAAGACCCUGUAUCGGGAGGUAAUGCUGGAGACAUGCGGGCUUCUGGUCUCACUGGGGUAUCCUGUUCCCAAACCAGAACUGAUCCACCUGCUGGAGAAUGAGCAAGAUUUAUGCAUGGUGAAGAGAGGUCUUUCCUAAAGUUCCUGUCCAGAUGCAUCUCUCUCUUGGAUCCUCGUUUCUUCCAACAUCGCAGAUCUUUCAUCUGGGAUCACUUUUCAUCCUCUUUGAAUAGAAAAUCCUUAAAUAGGAAUUUUGUUUUAUGCAGGUUCAUUUUACAUUAAAUUUUCUCAUUUAUGACUUGAAA